GCGGCGGCGGCGGCAGCUCGGCGGCGGCAGCGGAGAGCGCAGCGCGCAGCCCGGUGCAGCCCUGGCUUUCCCCUCGCCGCGCGCCCGCGCCCCCUUCCGCGUCCGCAACCAGAAGCCCAGCGCGGCGCCCGGAGCCGGACCCGCGCCCGCGCCGCUCCCGGGACCGCGACCCCGGCCGCCCCGCGAUGACCGCGACCGCAGCCCUCCUGCCCGUCCUCUUGCUCCUGCUGGCCUUCGGCCACAGUGUCCAUGGAGCUGAGUGCUUCCCGGCCUGCCACCCCCAAAAUGGGUUCUGCGAGGAUGACAAUGUUUGCAGGUGCCAGCCUGGCUGGCAGGGUCCCCUGUGCGACCAAUGUGUGACCUUUCCCGGCUGCGUUAAUGGACUCUGCGUGGAACCCUGGCAGUGCGUUUGUGACGACGGCUGGAAUGGGAAGCUCUGUGACAUAGAUGUCCGGGCUUGCGCCUCGACCCCCUGCGCUAACAACGGAACCUGCGUCAACCUCGAGAGCGGCCACUACGAGUGCUCCUGUGCCCCUGGGUUCUCGGGAAAGGACUGUCAGGAGAAGGAUGGGCCCUGUGUGAUCAAUGGGUCCCCCUGCCAGCACGGAGGCACCUGCGUGGAUGAUGAGGGCCGGGCCUCCCAUGCCUCCUGCCUGUGCCCCCCUGGCUUCUCAGGCAAUUUCUGCGAGAUCGUGGCCAACAGCUGCACCCCCAACCCGUGCGAGAACCAAGGCAUCUGCACCGACAUCGGGGGCGACUUCCGCUGCCGCUGCCCCGCCGGCUUCAUGGACAAGACGUGCAGCCGCCCCGUGGGCAACUGCGGCACCGACCCGUGCCUCAACGGGGGCACCUGCCUGCAGCACACCCAGGUGAGGUACGAGUGUCUGUGCAAGCCCGAGUUCACGGGCCCCACCUGUGGCAGGAAGCGCGCGCUAGGCCCCCAGCAGGUCACCCGUCUGCCCGGCGGGCACGGGCUGACCUACCGCCUGACCCCCGGGGUGCACGAGCUGCCAGUGCCGCAGCCGGAGCACCGCAUCCUCAAGGUGUCCAUGAAGGAACUCAACAAGAGUGCUCCCCUCCUCUCCGAGGGCCAGGCCAUCUGCUUCACCGUCCUGGGCGUGCUGACCAGUCUGGUGGUGCUGGGCACCGUGGGAAUCGUUUUCCUCAACAAGUGCGAGGCCUGGGUGUCCAACCUGCGCUACAACCGCAUACUUCGCAAGAAGAGGAACGUGCUCCUGCAGUACAACAGCGGGGAAGACCUGGCCGUCAACAUCAUCUUCCCCGAGAAGAUCGACAUGACCACCUUCAGCAAGGAGGCGGGCGAAGACGACAUCUAAGCAUCCCCACCGGCCCCUCUGUAUUCGCGGGGUCCCGCAGAGCUCACUAUAUGCGGUCUGUUCUCAUCUUUGUGGUGGAGUUUGCUAUAUUCUGUGUCGAAUCUGGUGAACGCUAUGCUUCCGUAUAUUACCUUUGUGUUGCCGUGUGACAAAAAGAACCCUCUUUCUCUCUCUUAAUGCAUGAUCGAAAAAUAAUAACACGAGUUUCAUCUUUAAA